AUGGGAGACCAGCAUCGAUCGCUCGAUGAGCAGUUCGACUUCGACGCCAGCGAUCUUUCUGCGCAGUUCGAGCAACUGCUCCGCACGCGACGACUGAACGAACUCGAAGAACAAGCACGACCCUCCCGAUCCCAGUCUCCAAGAUCCAGUUAUAGAUCCUCUUCUCAGUCACAGCUGUCACAUCUAUCCCAACAGUCCUUCCAGUCACCCAGAAAUUCUCAAACACAACCUCCGCAAUACAAUGUAUACCGAAACCACCCCAUCAUUCCUCAACCGCCCUCAGAUCCCAGCGCCUUCAAGUUCAGAAACUUCCUCAUCACUAUGUCAGUCACACCAACCAAGUAUGAAAACCCGGGCUUGCUCGACGAGGCCCUUACCCAUGUUCCUAUCGACCGUAUCUAUCAGGAAGCGGACGAGGAGCACAACAUCAUGAAAGGCAUUGCUGCCUCGAUGGGCGAAGGCGCCAAAGAAGAAUGGAGCUAUCAGGAUUGUGUCAUUCGAAUGCUGCUUCGGUGGUUCAAGCGCUCCUUUUUUACGUUCGUCAACAACCCUCCGUGUUCCAGAUGCAACGGACCAACUAUGGCGAAUGGCUCAACCCCUCCAACCCCCGACGAGUCGGCCCGUGGUGCUUCCAGAGUAGAACUCUACCGAUGCCAGAAUGGUGGCUGCGGCGCAUACGAGAGAUUUCCCAGAUAUACCGAUGUUUGGGCUCUUCUUGAAACUCGCCGAGGUCGUGCCGGUGAAUUCGCCAACUGCUUCGCCAUGCUCUGCCGAGCGAUGGGCACUCGCGUUAGGUGGGUGUGGAACAGUGAAGACCACGUAUGGACCGAGGUCUACAGUGAACACCAGAGGAGAUGGGUUCACGUUGAUCCUUGCGAGGAGGCUUGGGACAACCCAAGAAUCUAUACUGAAGGCUGGGGUCGCAAGAUCGCCUAUUGCAUAGCAUUCUCAAUCGAUGGUGCCACCGAUGUCACUCGCCGUUAUGUCCGCAGUCCUUCUCAGCACGGUCUCGGCCGCACCAAGUGUCCCGAGGAGGUCCUGCUCUAUAUUAUCCACGAAAUUCGCAAGAUCCGCCGUGAGAACUUGGACAAGCCCGUCCGAACUCGCCUGAUGAAAGAAGACGAACGCGAAGAAAGGGAACUACGCAGUUUCGUUGCUCAAUCUAUCACCCAUGAGAUGAUCAACAGCCUGCCUGGAGCCGUCGCUGUACCCACUGGAGGGGAUGUUGUCAAAUCCAUUGAGGAACGCCAGCGCGAGAUCGAAGCUCAACAGAUGCUUUGGCGGGGUCAGGAUAGUCGGUGA